AUGCUGCAGCGAUCACCGCACUCCCUAGUUUCUGUAUUUGUGGUCGUCACCAAUAUACUAUUCCUUUGGUCACUGCCCAUAACACAAGCCCAGCAAACCAAUGAGAACCAAACAGACCGAAAGGAGCUCCGGUGCCCCGGCAAUUGCGAGCCCAAUGGCAAAUGCAUUCUAAACGAUUCUGAUGGAAGCCCGGUUCGGUGCGAAUGCAAUAUUGGUUUCGCUGGAGCGGAUUGCAGUUUCCCCUAUGAGCAGUGCCCCGAUGGCUUUACGACCUGUUACGAUGGUGCCAAAUGCAGCCGUGGAUUGUCCGACAAAGAUGCCGGAGAUGAAGAUGGCCGGGGCGAUCAGACGUAUACCUGCGACUGCGAAGCAAUGGUGGGCGUCAGUGACUUUGUCAUUCAACAAUGCGAGAAUCCGCUGGACGAUGUCUGCGAAAUGGGGGUCCAGCUGAGUGAAUAUGCCUUUUGCACCAAUUCGGGAACCUGUUUGAAACUGAUUGACAGUGGCGAGGCGCACCCCGGUUGCGACUGCCCGGAAGAAUUCGAGGGACGCCACUGUCAAUACGCCGCGGGAACCGCACCUCCAGCGGAACUCAUGUUGGUGUGGAAUGCGGACCCGGACGAAGAAGGGGAGGACCCCAUGGACGAAAUUGCGGAAGAACCCACCAAGAUAUUGAUCUGGAUCGUUGCGGCAAGUGUAUCCAUUCUAGCAGCACUCGGGAUCUUUGCUUGUUGUGUCUAUGCCCGUCUGAAGAAUGUUUCGGAAAAGAGACACGAAAAGUCCAUUACGAGGAUAGGGGUGAUUAGUAUUCGGGAUGCUUCCACAGAUUCCAAGGACGAGGAGAAAUUUGAUGACAUCAUCCUGGGAGGAGGAUAUAGUGAUGAUGAGUCGGAUCACCACAAACACAUCAUCUAA